AUGGCACCUGCACAACCUGAACUCAAGAAGUACCUCGACAAGCAGCUCUUUGUCCAGCUCAACGGCAGCCGCAAAGUCAUUGGUGUCCUUCGAGGCUACGAUGUCUACCUAAACAUUGUUCUGGAUGAUGCUGUGGAGGAGAAGGAAGGCGGAGAGAAGAUCAAGCUUGGUAUGGUGGUUAUCCGCGGUAACUCGGUCGUGAUGCUCGAGGCGCUGGAACGCAUUGGCGGCGACGACAGACAACACCGAUAG